AUGGCAAUCAAAGAAGAUGAAGACUCUGAACAAAGUGGAGACGAAGAGGAACAACAAUAUAUUGAAGUAGAUGAGCUUCAGAACCAUGGCAUUGGUGUAGCAGAUAUACAAAAGCUCAAAACAGCAGGAUACUGCACAGUUAUGAGCAUUCAAAUGGCAACUCGAAGAAAUCUUUCAAAAAUCAAAGGUUUUAGUGAUGCAAAGGUAGAUAAACUUAAAGAAAUUAUUCAGAAGCUUUGUCCUCCACCGUUUCAAACAGCAAUGGAAGUUUCUUCUUUUCGACGACGUGUUAACUAUAUUUCUACUGGUUCAAAGCAGUUUGAUGCAAUGCUUGGGGGUGGUAUUCAGUCAAUGUCAAUAACAGAAGUUUUUGGAGAAUUUCGCUGUGGUAAAACACAAAUUUCACAUACAAUGUGCGUUACAUGCCAACUUCCAAGAGAAAUGGGGGGUGCUGAAGGAAAAGCAGCAUAUUUAGAUACAGAAGGAACAUUUCGUCCUGACAGAAUCAAAUCAAUUGCAGCACGGUUUGGAGUAGACGCAGAGCAAGCAAUGAACAAUAUUCUUGUAGGCAGAGCAUUCAAUUCGGAGCAUCAGAUGGACUUGAUCAAUAAAAUGUGCACUAUUUUUUCAGAAGAUGGUAGAUAUCGGCUGUUGAUAGUAGAUUCCAUUAUGGCAUUAUUCCGUGUCGAUUACUCUGGUAGAGGCGAAUUAUCAGAAAGACAGCAAAAAUUAAACGUAAUGCUUUCUCGUUUAAACCGAAUCGCAGAAGAAUAUAAUAUAGCCGUUUUCCUCACAAAUCAGGAAUAUUUUUAUCUUAUUAUUUAUGUCUUGUAUUUAAUUAUUAUACAGGUUCAAGCAGAUCCUGGAGCAACAUUAAUGUUUGCAUCAAAUGACCGCAAACCCGUAGGAGGACAUGUCCUGGCACAUGCAUCUGCAACCCGAAUAUUACUUAGAAAAGGCAGAGGAGAAGAACGUGUUGCAAAGAUCCAAGAUAGCCCUGAUAUGCCUGAAGCCGAAUGCACAUAUACCAUUAAAGCAGGAGGAAUUGACGACUCAUCAUAA